AUGCCGCCCUCACGCGGCCCUGUCUUGACUCCCCGCAAACUCCACCAAACGCUCGCGAAUAACAAGGGGCCGGUGCACGUCGCCCGCUACGCGAAAGGCACCGCGAAGUAUGUGCUCUCCGGCGGGCAGGACCGCAUCGUGCGCCUCUGGAACCCCGAGUUGGGCACGGAGAUCAAGCGAUAUGCCGCGCACGGGUACGAGGUGCUCUCCAUCACAGUCGCGCACGACAACAGCCGGUUCGCGUCGUCGGGCGGGGACAGGCAGGUGUUCGUGUGGGACGUAAUGACGGGGCAGACGGUGCGGCGUAUACCGGGGCAUAUGGGCAAGAUAUUCGCGGUGGAGUUCAAUGAGGACGCGAGCGUGCUAGCGAGCGGCUCAUACGACUCGACGGUUAGGCUGUGGGACAUGAAAGCGCAGAACCGAGCACCCAUACAGAUUCUCGAGGAAGCGCGAGAUUCGGUGCAGGCCAUACACAUCGGACGGACAUACGUCACCACUGGAUCCGUCGACGGUCAUGUCCGUACAUACGACCUCCGCAUGGGCGAGCUGCGCACAGACUUCCUCGGACACCCAGUUACGGCAGUCGUACCCUCGCAAGACAACCAGACGUACCUCGCGACGACGAUCGACGGACAUGUGCGCCUGAUGGACAUGUCCACGGGGAAGAUGCUGAACGACUUCACGGGCCACGCGAGCUCGUCGUACCGGAUACGCGCGUGCUUCGGGCACGGGGAGGCAAGCGUUGUCUGUGGGGACGAAGACGGGAAGGUAUGGGCUUGGGAUCUAGUGGACGCUGCACCGCUUCAACCGAGUCCCCCACCCGUGGUGCACGAUAAGGUGAUUACCUGGGCCGAACACCAUCCGAUCGAGGCUGGCGAGAUGAUCACUGCAAGUGCGGACGGGACCGUCAAGGUAUGGAGGAGCUAG